AUGUUGGCUGUUGGGCUUGUCCCGUUUUCCAGGGAUGAUGGUAGAGAGAACAUGGAGGCUGGAUCCUCCCAAGUUACUGUGACCUUCCCCGAAGUAGCUGUGAACUUCUCCCAGGAUGAGUGGCUGAGUCUGGACCCCUCUCAGAAGAAUCUCUACAGAGAAGUGAUGCUAGAGACCUACCAGCACCUGCAGGCCGUAGGGCAUUGUGGGGUGAAGCCUGCGCUGAUCUCCUGGUUGGAAGUAGGAGACCUUGAAGGGCUGCAGAGAGGCAUAUUUCUAGAUGGUGGACCACAAGUUCCAAUAGUGACAUUUCAGAAAUUUGCUUUUGGAAUGGAAUAUCCAAUAAAGUAUGAGAUGAGAAACAGCCAGACCCAGUUGGAUGGAGCUGAUCCUGUGCUGCAGGCCGCAAUCUGGGGGAAAUCAUCCUGCCCAUACCCCAAUGGGAGUGAAGAAUCAGGGGGCAUCUGUUGCGAAGUGGACCAGAGUGAAGAGAGAUUUCUUACGCCAGAACCAGUGACCAUUGUGCAAAACUCCCCUGAAUCUGCUCUGCCCAGUCCCUGGACUCAGACCCCCACAGUGGGACCAUUCUGGGAAAUGCGAUCAACAGUGUUUGCUCUGAGCCCCUCACAGUCUCAGGCUAACCAGAAAAUCACCUGUAGAGUGAAGCCACCUGAAUGUAAGCAAUGUCGGGGGGACUAUGUGUGUGCCCUGCACCUUGAAGUUUCCUCAGACACCCUCAGUACAAAGGAUAUCCCUGAGGGUCUGCAGGGUGGAUAUACCCUCAGUCAACCUUCAUACCAGAGAGACACUAAGGAAGUCCAGAAACGAAAGAAGCAAAAUACAUAUCAGGAGUGCGGGAAGGUAAUUUCUCAAUCCUCAUAUCUUAAUAGGCACAAGAGAAUUCAUACAGGAGCGAAACCUUUUACAUGUCAGGAGUGUGGGAAGGCCUUCACUCGAUCCUCAGACCUUAAUAGUCACAAGAAAAUUCAUACUGGAGAGAAACCUUAUACAUGUCAGGAGUGUGGGAAGGCCUUCACUCAAUCCUCAGGUCUUUAUAUGCACAAGAAAAUUCAUACUGGAGAGAAAUCUUAUACAUGUCAAGAGUGUGGGAAGGCCUUCACUCGAUCCUCAGACCUUAAUAGUCACAAGAAAAUUCAUACUGGAGAGAAACCUUAUACAUGUCAGGAGUGUGGGAAGUCCUUCACUAAAUCCUCAGAUCUUAAUAGUCACAAGAAAAUUCAUACUGGAGAGAAACCUUAUACAUGUCAGGAGUGUGGGAAAUCCUUCACUCAAUCCUCAAACCUUUCUAGUCACAAGAAAAUUCAUACUGGAGAGAAACCUUAUACAUGUCAGGAGUGUGGGAAGGCCUUCUCUCAUUCCUCAGGACUCUAUAUUCACAAGAAAAUUCAUACUGGAGAGAAACCUUAUACAUGUCAGGAGUGUGGGAAGGCCUUCUCUCAUUCCUCAGGACUCUAUAUUCACAAGAAAAUUCAUACUGGAGAGAAAAAUUAUACAUGUCAGAAGUGUGGGAAGGCCUUCACUCAAUACUCAAGUCUUUAUCAACACAAGAACAUACAUACUGAAGAGAAACCAUAUACAUGUCAGGAGUGUGGGAAGGCCUUCACUCAAUCCUCAGGCCUGUAUAUGCACAAGAAAAUUCAUACUGGAGAGAAACCUUAUACAUGUCAAGAGCGUGGGAAGGCCUUCACUCGAUCCUCAGACCUUAAUAGUCACAAGAAAAUUCAUACUGGAGAGAAACCUUAUACAUGUCAGGAGUGUGGGAAGUCCUUUACUACAUCCUCAAACCUUUCUAGUCACAAGAAAAUUCAUACUGGAGAGAAAUCUUAUACAUGUCAGGUGUGUGGGAAGGCCUUCACUCAAUCCUCAGGACUCUAUAUUCACAAGAAAAUUCAUACUGGAGAGAAACCUUAUACAUGUCAGGAGUGUGGGAAGGCCUUCACUCAAUCCUCAGGCCUGUAUAUGCACAAGAAAAUUCAUACUGGAGAGAAACCUUAUACAUGUCAAGAGUGUGGGAAGGCCUUCACUCAAUCCUCAGGUCUUUAUAUGCACAAGAAAAUUCAUACUGGAGAGAAACCUUAUACAUGUCAGGAGUCUGACCGGCAGUCAGAGCUGUCCCAAAGGUGGCCGCACAACGUGGUGGGUGAUUCUCCUGAGUACCUGUGGAAGCAAAAGCAAGCCAUUGUUGGAGUUGCCCUUCAGGGCAGUGCUCAGUAUUUGCAACUGCGCUUGAAUCUGCGCCAGGCUUUAGCAAGCCGCGAGCGGCAGGAAGGAGGUUUUUUUUUUUUUUCAGUUGCUCGAAUUGAUCGAAGUCGAGUGAUGGUGGGGGAGGAGAAUCUUCAGGAGCGUCUUUGGCUGUUCCGAGCUGUUGGUACAUGA